GUUGCGGAUGUAAUUUUGAUGGAACCUUUACGAAAAUUGGAUAUCGAAACGCACCGUCGUAUGCAUUCUUAUCUUUCGUUGCCGGAAUACGUGCUCGCCGACGAUGUUUUAGGUUCUGCGCAUACCGACUUUAUACAGGAACUUUGCACUGGUAGACCAUUUGUAAUGAUUGAUGCCGACGAUGAUGAUGAUGUUGAUGAUGAUGAUGAUGAUGAUGACGACGACGGUGCCGAUGAUGCACCAUGCUGCUCUAAACAACACCAGGCUUGCUCUCUUUUAUAA